CGAAUCCAGUGAACUGUCAAGACGUUACAAUACUUUUGUUAGGAGAAUGUAGAAAGAAACAUUGAUUUUACACGUUUUAACGUUGUUUUUUAUGAAAUUAUUUACUUUGUUUAUGAAGAUUUAACUAGGAAACCGCCUUACUGUCAAAAUGGCAGACACGGCUCAAAGCGGUAUAUCUAUCGCUGAGCUAAAGGCGGAGAUCGAAAGGUUGAGUCGAGAACUCGACCAGGCAAGUAGCGAGAAGAUCCAGUCGGCACAGCUGGGGUUAGUUUUGCUUGAGGAGAAAAGUGCAUUGCAACAAAGAUGCGACGAGCUGGAGAGCCUCUACGAGAACACAAAACACGAGUUGGAUAUCACACAAGAGGCUUUGAUGAAACUUGACACAACACAAAAAGUGACUACACAAAGUGGUAUAGAACAAGAAAAUGCCCUCCUCAAUGAGUCCGCUGCUAUGGAAAGCUCUCUCACCCUACAGAUUAUUGAACUGGAGGGUGAAUCUAAACAGCUACGUCACGAGCUAGAACGCGUAAUCAGCGAACGGGAUCGACUAUUAGCUGAAAGUUCAGAACUGGGCGCCGACAAGGCCACCCGCGAGUCCGAGCGGGCGGCGCUCCGUGCGGAGCUGCGGGAGGCGAGGCAGCGGGAACAGCGGCUUCUGUUGGACAUCGGGGAUUUGGAAGACGAGAAUAUAUCGCUGCAGAAGCAAGUCUCCGCGUUGAGAUCAUCACAGGUCGAAUUCGAAGGCUUGAAACAUGAAGUCAGACAGUUGCGGGAAGAAGCGGAAAACGCGCGCGCAGCCGCUGACGAAACAGCGGCUUUGCGGCGUAUCGCUGAACGGCAACUCGCUGAAGCGCUUGAAGCGCUGCAAGCGGAGAGGGAAGCUAAGUUCGCCGCCAAGAAGGAACUCGACGCACAUCUUAGUAGGGAAGCCGCGUAUAACAUCACAAAUUUGGCGUACAGCAUACGAGGUAUGCCAGAUGAAGGCACAGAGGACGAGGGCGAAGCGGGCGGUUCUGGUGGUGCGGAGCUGGCGGUAGACCAUCAUGCUGAUCUGUUCUCAGAAGUUCAUUUGCACGAGAUAUCGCGGCUCGAGAAGCAGCUUGAACAGGCACACAAUGAGAAUGCGCAACUGUCGACGUCGCUGCGCAGCGCCCAGUCGUCGGCGGAGAGCGAGAGCGCGGCGGCGACGGCGCUGCGCGCGGGCCUGCAGCGCGCCGCCUCACGCGUGUCCGCGCUCAAGCACCUGCACGCGGAGUGCGGCCCGCUCGAGGAGGAGAAGCUGGAGAGCAGCGGAGUGAGCGCGCGCGCCGCCAAGUGGCUGACGUGGUGGCGCGUGUCGGGCGGCGAGGUGGGCGCGCUGGCGGACGCGCUGGGCGAGCUGCUGGCCGCGCCCGCGCCCGCCGGCUCGCCCGCCGCGCUGCAGCGCCAGGCGCUGGCCGGCCUCAGCGACCGCGCCGCCGACGCCGAGCUGCGCUGCGCCGCGCUGCAGGCCGACGCCGACCUGCUGCGCGCCAUCGCCGGCGGAGCGGGUCGUGCGCUCUCCUCAGCUGCACCUGCACUCACAUCAGCAGCGGAGACGCUGGCGCAGCUGUACCACCACGUGUGCGCCGUCAACGGCACGCAGCCCGAGCGCCUGCUGCUUGAGCACGCGCACCAGACUGACGGUGCAGGAGCGGAAGGCCGCGGCGGGGACGAAGAAGCACUGGCGCUAGCGGCUGGCGAGCUGGAAGGACUACGCGCAGCCGCCAGUGUAGCGCGAUACGCUGAUACGCUACUCGACCAACUCACUCACUUGCGAGCUGCAUUAGAUACCGCGCUCGACUCGCGACUCCGUCACCAGCCCGUGAUGGAAUCAGAAGAACGCGGCGCGGAGCUCGGCGAACUACAGGAACAAGUGAUCAAACUCAAGUCCCUGCUCUCAACGAAGCGGGAACAGAUAGCGACACUACGCACUGUGCUCAAGUCGAACAAGAACACGGCGGAGGUCGCACUCGCCAACCUCAAGUCGAAGUACGAGACGGAGAAGACGAUAGUCACGGAGACGAUGCUCAAGUUGAGGAACGAGUUGAGGCUGCUCAAGGAGGACGCUGCUACUUUCUCGAGUCUGCGCGCGAUGUUCGCGGCGCGGUGCGAGGAGUACGUGACGCAGGUGGACGAGCUGACGCAGGCGCUGGCGGGCGCGGAGGAGGAGAAGAAGACGCUCAACCAGCUGCUGCGCCUGGCCGUGCAGCAGAAGCUCUCGCUCACGCAGCGCCUCGAGGAGCUGGAGGUGCGCACAUACAUACAUACAUACACACGCAGGCGCUGGCGGGCGCGGAGGAGGAGAAGAAGACGCUCAACCAGCUGCUGCGCCUGGCCGUGCAGCAGAAGCUCUCGCUCACGCAGCGCCUCGAGGAGCUGGAGGUGCGCACAUACAUACAUACAUACACACGCAGGCGCUGGCGGGCGCGGAGGAGGAGAAGAAGACGCUCAACCAGCUGCUGCGCCUGGCCGUGCAGCAGAAGCUCUCGCUCACGCAGCGCCUCGAGGAGCUGGAGGUGGACCGCGAGAUGCGCACGCGUCGCGUGCCGAAGGCGGGCGGCACUGCGCGCGCGCGGCCGCGGGACUUCUAGCGAAUCGUGCGCGCGCUCAAGGCCGCCGCCGCCGCCCUGCGCGCGCUGCUGCACCACUAGCGCGCACCACCACCACCACACGCUAUACCACUCCUGGAUACCACUCCCACCCUACACUCAAGGUCGUGGGGGAAACAAUUGCGUUGUGAGACUUUUUAACUGACGCAAUAUGUGCUCUAAUUGUCCGGGAGUUCAAGUGUUAGUGCCAAGCCGCGUAUCGCGCUAGAGCGAGCGGUGUGCGCCCGCGCCGGCCCGUGUGCCCGCACUCGGCCGGCGCGCAACGAAUUUAUACUUCUAUACUACACGUUACGGACGGUCGGCUACCGACCGGUGGACUUUUUUACUGUCGUUCUAGAAUAAAUUAUUUGUACGUUUUAUAAAAUCUAAGCUAAUCUUAGAUGUAAGAGCGGGCCGGCGGGCGGGGCGCCGCGGCGAUAGCGUCAAGGAACCGUCAAACUGUGCAGCCGCGCCGCCCUGCGACAGACUCGCCGCCCGCCCACUGUCAGCCCCCGCCCAGAGGCUAACGCGCGUCUGAUCCAACAUUCUACUUAUUAUACUAGUUUACGCUUAGACGAAUGUUAUUAGAAAAAAACUUAAAAAAAAUGUGUACUCUAAAAAGUUCUGACGCGCGUUGCCGACCGGCGGACGGCGAACGUUAGCUUGUCGCUCACGCGUCCUGUCCUUGCCCAAUAUUUUCAUAUCGAAUUACCCCUAAAUAUAUUUUGCCCCGCAAAUUCUAUACGCUCGACGACUAUUUUUGUAUCGCGAUCGGUGUAUUUUAUUACUCGAAUGAAUUUAUUCGCCGUUAUACCGCGACCGGGAUCGGUCAGCGAAUUUUAAUGAAGUUUUCUAUUUAUCGCGUUCCACCUAAAGAAGCGGACCGCGCGACGUUAUUUUUUAUUAUUAUACAUAUUUAUAAGAGCGGUAUAUGUGUACAUAUAGAGACCUCUAAUCGUUUACGAGUAUUCAGAACGUCCACGAUGAAAUCAAAAAAGAGAAAAUGAAAUGAAUCGACUUCCAUCCAUUGUGCGCAAAAAGACUAUGUAAUCUGUUCUAGUUGAUACGUUUGUUGUGUUUGUGGCCCUCCGGCGUCUACUUUCGUCCAUCUUGUUCUAGUUGUAUGCGUAGUGUUUCCGUUAGUGUCCGCAGCCGUCCCACCUGCGUCCAGCCCCGCCCGGGCCCCCCACUAUAUAGCCCUGUUUCUUUCGUUUAUCUCCUAUCUACGUACUAAUUCGUAUUAAAUAUGAAAAGUCUUCAGGAUUCGGUGUUGCUCAAUUUUGCUCACGGGGGUCCGCCGGCGUUCUAUUUAAUAAGGCAAAAUUUACAAAAUAUUUAUUAAAAAGUGUUACGAUUUUUAUUGUUUACGUUGUUGGAUGCGAUCGAUAGUGCAGCUUUCCGUGUUAGGGAUACGUGUAGUUCGGUGGCGUAGUUUUUAUCUCCUAGAGUCUUUUUUAGGCUAGUGAACCGUUCCACGUAGAGGGCGCUCGCCCGUAGUCUUACUGGUGUAGGCUUAGAGCUAGUUGUUACAUUAACCUUCAAGUAUACUUCGUAGUUUAAUGUUCUCGGAGAUGUAGUGAAUGUUUUGCAAUAUUGACUCUCGUAGCAUAAUUUAUUUGCGUAGCUCAAAAGUGUUAGCGGUGACGAUUAUAGUCGCCCGCGACGCGAGGACCAUGCCCUUGCAUUUAUUGUUUAUAGUAUGUAACUCAUUAGCUUUUACGAUAGAUCAUUCUUCGUGUACUUAACGACGAACUUACCAAUAUUAGACUUAGUAUUAUUAUUUUUUCGAGUAUUAUUUUAUAUAGCUUACUUAGCAGCAGACAUCGUGAAUGUAUUGUUUGUAUCUAGUCACGGAUGUACACACGAUCAUUUUCUUGAAGUUUUUUCAUGUUAAUCAAUUUACGUCCAGUUUAUACAGUUUUUUUCUAUCGCGUUGUUAGUAUUAUUCUUAUAUUAUUCGUAUGUAUACACUUUGACAUGUAAUUUGUACACUUAUUUAUUGUUACUAGUUAAGGUCGAGUUGACUGCGUGCUCGCACGCUACAGAGCGGUUGCGCUCGGUGUCUGCUGCCCGCCGGUGGUGGUCUUGGAGCGAUUAACCAAAUAUUAUUUUCUUUAUACAGUUUAUAUAUAUACGUUUAGAUCACUUAUUUUGCCUAGGCAUAGAUAUUAUUUUUAUCAUAGAGAAAAAUUAUUACUUUAUUAUUUAAAUCAAAGUAUAUGACAUGCCCGCUACUUAUUGUAUCGUUACAUGAUUUACGUAAUCGACAACUCGCAUGAUUGUUCCCACUGCAUCGUCUUUCGAUUUGGUGUUUUAUUUGUUUUUGUUAUUCUGGCCUUAUAGUGCACAGUUUGAUGGUUCGCUGUAAAGUUAAUGUUAUCGUUUUUCGUUAUACAGAUGGCCACUCUUUGUUGAAAUGUAAUCCAACAUCAGAUUACAAGUCUUUAGUGUCCCGUAAUGUGAUGUAACACAUGAGCUUUCAGAGUAAACCAUAUUUGUUCACAUAAUGUAACAGAAUCAGAUGCCAGCCCAGGGAACAUAUCAUGAUAGAGCGUUAUUUAUUUCCAAAAUAAGGCACGCCUUGUUGUCGCUAUGACUGAUGUGGAAUCAUGUAUGAAAUAAUAAAUGAUUAUAUUUAA